CUUUUCGAUUUCCGUUGGACCCAUCACACAAGACAAAAUGGCCCCCAAAGUUGUGUCGGUCAACGACGUCAUCCGCGCCAUGUCCAAGGGCGACAUCACCGUGACCAAGCCGACCGACCCGGCGCUCAAGAACUCGUCGUCGGCCUCGAACGCCGAGCUCGAGAAGGAGCUGCUCAACCACGGCAUCCACGCCGGCAAGUCGGAGCGCAAGUACCAGGAGCUCGUGCUCGGCAUGGUCAAGGACGACAUGUUCUGGGUCCGCAACUACUCGCUGCACCCGAACGCGCACCGCGUCCGCGGCUGGAUCCGCCGCCACGACCGGUUCCGCGCGUGCAUGCGCGAAAUGGUCAAGAUGAUUGCACGCAUUCCUGACACGGCGUCGACCGCCCGCGCGCAGCUCGCGUACAACCUUGGCGCCAAGUUCAACGCGUUCUUGACCGAGCUGGACGACCACGGCAACUUUGAAGACGCCGAGCUCUUCAAGUACUUUAUCGACAACAUUGACGGCUGCUGGGAAGACUUUGAGGAGCUCGAGGCGCAGCACGCCGACCACUCGAUGACCGACCAGAUCGUGCAUCGGCUCGAGAAGCUCAUCGCGGCCCAAGGCAACGUGAGCCAGGCCGAGCUCGUCGAGCUCCAGUACAACUUUUACCUCUUUUACCGCGGGUCGCUUGCGCAUCUGGCGCUCGAAGAAAAGAUGAUCUUGCAAAAGUGGCUCAACUUGACGCCGCAAGAGUACCGCCACUUCCGCUCGUACCUCUCGUGGAAGCACAUUCUGACGUACUACAAGUUCUUCAAGCUCCUCUAAGGAGCGACGAGACGAUGAUAUUAGAGUUAGGACCCUUAUAUAUA